AUGCCUGCCAACGACCUUCGUGGGUGGGUCAUGAGCGUGGUCUCGGGCAUCGCCUGCGUCCUCGGUUCAUCCAUCAUUUGCGUCGAUGUGCUGGUGCGAGUGCUUUCCCGUCGCAAGAGCUUCCAGAUUGCCAACAGUAGUAACUUCCUGUCGGCUUCACUAUGUCUCAGCGCGGGUGUGAUGCUUUUUACCUCCCUCUAUAGCAUGCUCCCCACCUCGAAGCAGUACCUAACGCGGGCCGGUUUCUCUCCGUCCGUUUCGGCCUAUAUGCUUAUUGGGCUGUUCAUCGCCGGGGUCGCAGGUAUUCAAGUCCUGUCCGGCUUCGCGCACAAAUUCAUCCCCUCGCAUGUCGUUGAUUGCGCCCAUACGCACGGCGAGUCGGAGGAUGAUCCCGAACACGGCAAGAACCAAGUCGAGGACGAGUUCGACCACACCCAUAACAAAAGUGUAAAUCAAAGUACAGAGAGAACGCCCCUUCUGCGGCCUGCGGAUCAUCUGGCAUUCAAAUCCACCCCGGCGGUGGUGCAACGAAGCCAGCACAUCGAGCCGGCGCCAAGAAGUCGCGAAACCAUGCGGGCAAGGCUCACACGCCGCAUCACCUCGCUUAUGGGUGUCAAACCCACCUGCGACGAGAAUGGACCCUGUUUCGGUGUCUCCCAAACCUGCGGACGUGAAUGCACUAAAGUCCUUCCACCUUCCGCCAAUGAGCUCCCUCGGCCGGAUCUAGUGCACCGCGAAAGUAUGUCUGCGCCCCUCGAUGCAGAGAUCUCUCAAGCCGAACGCGAUGUUGGAACCGACUAUCACCCGUUAGAUGGAAGAUACUUUGAUAACAUUGCUGCCCAGCACUCCCUUCGCCCGUGUGUCGCCUCGUCUGCCUCAUCGCAGGUUGCCCAACACGGGAUCGCGCAUUCGCAUCAUGACCAUGAGCACACUCACGAUUCGUCCAGCGACGAGGACGAUCUCGAAACCGAUCGUCCCAGGUCCGCGGCUGGCAAUCCUCACCAUCAUCAUGUCCCCCAGAAUGCGUUCCUUUCCAUUGGACUGCAGACCUCGCUGGCCAUUGCUUUGCACAAACUCCCCGAAGGAUUUAUUACAUACGCCACUAACCAUGCAAGCCCGACUCUCGGUCUGACAGUGUUCCUGGCUCUGUUCAUCCACAACAUCGUGGAAGGCUUUGCCAUGGCCCUCCCACUCUAUCUGGCUCUGAACUCUCGCUGGAAAGCCAUGUUCUGGUCCAGUCUGCUGGGCGGUAUCAGCCAGCCCGCAGGUGCCGGAAUUGCCGCUUUUUGGAUCUGGAGCACUGGUCAGCGGGGCAGUGGAGAUGCCACGGGUCCCUCGUGGGGAAUCUACGGCGGCAUGUUUGCUGUGACGGCUGGUGUCAUGACAUCAGUUGCAUUGCAACUUUUCAGUGAAGGGUUGGCCCUGACGCAUCACCGCGGUCUCGGCAUUGGGUUCGCCGUCGCUGGUAUGGGGUUGAUGGGGUUGAGUUUUGCAUUGACUGCAUGA